GCAACCAGCUCAAGCAUGUGGCGCUGCCCCAGCAUCAGAACUUGAGCUGAAGCAGAUCAGUCAUUGUCCCAGCCUCUCAAGCCUUACCCAGGUCACGAUGGUGCCGUUGGGGCACUUAGCCAAAGGGGCCACUUUGGAAGAUCUUCUUGAAACCUGCAUUCAGUCUUUUGAUUUAGAAGGAAAUGCAUAUCAAAACAACCAGCUGCUAAAGAUAGUUCUGACCAUGCAUCAGUUUGUCAUCUCCUCUGCAGACAUGCUCCAGAAACUCAUUGAUCUCUAUCUUCAUGCUUUAGAAAAUAAAUCUUCCAUGCUGUGUGUAAAGAUAUGCUAUUUUGUGAGGUAUUGGAUUACAGAGUUCUGGGUUAUGUUCAAAAUGGACUCUAAGCUUUCUGCAACUAUGGAGGAAUUUCAAGAACUGGUUAAAGCUAAUGGUGAGGAGUUACACUGCCGUCUAAUUGACACAACUCAAAUAAAUUCUAGGGAUUGGUCUAGAAAGCUGACACAGCGUGUAAAGGCCAACACCAGUAAGAAACGGAAAGUCUCGCUUCUUUUUGAUCACCUGGAGCCAGAGGAGCUGUCAGACCACCUUACCUAUCUUGAAUUUAAGUCUUUCAGAAGAAUAUCAUUCUCAGAUUAUCAGAACUACAUUGUGAAUAGUUGUGUGAAGGAGAAUCCAACAAUGGAAAGAUCAAUUGCUCUUUGCAAUGGUAUCUCUCAAUGGGUGCAGCUAAUGGUUCUCAGCAGACCAACACCACAGCUUCGGGCUGAAGUGUUCAUCAAGUUCAUUCAUGUUGCACAGAAGCUCCACCAGCUACAGAAUUUCAAUACAUUAAUGGCAGUAAUAGGAGGUCUCUGCCACAGUUCCAUUUCCAGACUCAAGGAAACAAGUUCAUGUGUUCCUCAUGAUGUAAUUAAGGUGUUUAAUGAAAUGACAGAACUGCUUUCAUCUUACAGAAAUUAUGAUAGUUACCGACGUGCCUAUAAUGAAUGCAGUAACUUUAAGAUCCCAAUCCUUGGGGUCCACCUGAAAGACUUGAUAUCACUUCAUGAGGGCAUGCCAGACUACUUAGAGGACAAAAAAAUUAAUAUAUACAAACUAUAUUCUCUGUAUAACCACAUAAAUGAGCUGAUACAACUCCAGGAAAUGCCACUUCCUCUGGAGGCCAAUAUGGACCUUGUUCAUUUGCUUACUCUGUCCCUUGAUCUUUACUACACAGAAGAUGAAAUUUAUGAGCUUUCAUAUGCACGAGAGCCAAGAAGUCACCGAGCUGCCCCUUCAACACCUUCCAGACCACCAGUAGUUGCAGACUGGGCCUCAGGAGUAGCCCCAAAACCUGAUCCAAAAACCAUCAGCAAGCAUGUUCAGAGGAUGGUAGAUUCUGUCUUCAAAAAUUAUGACCACGAUCAGGAUGGAUACAUUUCCCAGGAAGAAUUUGAAAAGAUAGCUGCCAGUUUUCCAUUCUCAUUUUGUGUAAUGGCUAAGGACUGGGAAGGUCUGAUCAGCAGGGAUGAAAUAACUGCUUACUUUAUGAGGGCUAGCUCAAUCUAUUCCAAACUAGGACUUGGCUUUGCUCACAACUUCCAAGAGACCACUUACUUAAGGCCUACUUUCUGCGACAACUGUGCUGGAUUUCUAUGGGGAGUCAUUAAACAAGGAUACAGAUGCAAAGACUGUGGAAUGAACUGUCACAAGCAAUGCAAAGACCUGGUUGUGAUCGAGUGCAAGAGACGGCCCAAAACUUCAGCUGCAGACAGCAGCCCAACAUCUGCUCUUGCUUCAAGCCUCUGCCCAGUAGGAGUCAAAGAGCAACUCCACGGACAAGAAGAAGGAGUGUUCACAUUUCCUAAUGGGGAAAUAGUGGAGCACAGUGAAGACAGCAAGGACCGAACCAUUAUGCUCAUGGGUUCCUCAGCUCAGAAAAUCUCAGUGAGACUGAAACCAGCUGUGGUUCAUAAAGGUACACAGACUGAUCUCAGACUGCUGGCUGCUGAUGUAUCUCGUAAGCAGACAGGGAAGAAAGAACACAGGAUGCCAGAAAAUCCUUAUCUCCAGGCAGCUCCACCAUCCCCACGUCCAAGCCCGAUUCUAGGCCGCAGAAAGGCAUAUGUUAAAUGGGAAAACAAGGACUCCAGCCAGAAAAUGAAGGAGGAGCAUCACAGCUAUAAACCCUCAUACCAGGAACUUGAGCAGGAAAGAAAUAUUCUAAAGGCAGACAAUGAAGGUUUAAAGAUCCAGCUGGAACAGGCACAUAAGACAAUUGAAUCUCUCACAAUCCAGCAAAGAAAUCAUGUAGUCGACAACCUACAACACAGAGACUGCUCCUAG